AUGGCGACCGUCCCUCUGGCAUACACCGUUGCUGCGAGUACGCCACAUAGUGGACCGUAUCGCGCUGAAAACAUCCUCGUCGACAACCCGCAAGAGCAGGCUAGUCGAUGGAGUGGUGGGCCGCCCGAAUCUGGUCUUGCUCAGUGGCUUUUAUUGCGAUUGGAGUCGUUAGCUGUCGUUUAUACACUAAAUUCUAAUCCUUCAGCUCAUCCAUGCAACAUGAAGGACUUUAAGGUCCUCGUAGGAUCUUCUGAAGACACAUUAACCGAAGUCCUCCAUUCCCAACUCAAGAACGAUGCAAACGCAGAGACCUUUGACUUGCGGCACGUGAACCUCGAGGGAACUUUGACACCCUGCCGAUUUCUUAAGAUUAUGCCGCUUAGCUCUCAUGGAAAUAGCUUCCAUGUUUCCGUUUGGCACGUUGCUCUCAAGGGAAUCAAAGACGACGUGUUUGUAGAGCAAGUCAGACUCAAAUAUGAGCAGUCUCGCGAAACGUCGGCCAUGCGUUACGUUCUCAAACAUCUCCGUCAACACCGUUUUCUCACACCGUAUAAUGCAAUCCUCUCUCGAUGUGGGUUGCAGGUUGAGCAUCCACUUGUCACAGAGCUCCACGCAAAUUUGGUUCUGAAGGGCGACUGGGCAAAAGCAGAAGAAGUUUUAGGCCGCAUUUCUCAGACGGAUUUAUUCGACGAAUACCGCAACUCGAAUCAAUGUCGUGCUGUUUGGAACAGGUUGAUGGGUACUGACCCCAACGGAGAUCGGCCUUCAGAGCGUGGAGGGCAUGCUAUGUGUAUUGACCCUGUUGAAGAUGUUGUUUACCUCUUCGGAGGGUGGAACGGGUCGACCAGUCUGGACGACUUUUGGGCCUACGACAUCAAGGCAGAUAAAUGGCGCGUGCUCAGUUAUUCGACAAGCAGAGAACGUGUCCCGAAUGCCCCAAAUGCGCGGUCCUGCCAUAAAAUGGUGUUUGAUGUCAAGACUGGCGCUAUCUAUAUGCUAGGUCGUCUGAAUGAUGCAGACGCACAAGCCAUCUCCUCCGCGACUGCCCCUGUUCCGACAGACCCUCCCCGACCAGUUCCUGGCUGCGAACUUUACCGGUACCAUACCCGCGGGCCAUUGGCCGAGCAAUGGGAGUUCUUGUCUCCCGACCCUCCUGUAGAUAUCACUCGAGGGUCACCGCCACUGGUCUAUGAUCACCAAAUGGCCAUGGAUUCAGAAGCUCAAGUCUUGUAUAUGUAUGGUGGUCGCGUCAUCGACAACGACUGGGCGAACACAAAAUAUGCUGGACUGUACAGCUAUAAUGUUGCAACAGCUCAAUGGCAACUUUUACAAAACGACCCAAAACUCACAACGGCGUUCAGUGGAACAAUUAUUCCCGCCCGACAUGGGCAUGCAAUGGUUCUCGAUGAGCAAACGCAUAUGUUGUACAUCUUUGGUGGCAGGAUGAAGGACACCUCACAUUUCGACAUGUAUUCUUAUGAUUUGACGACCAAGUCGACACGACAGUUGUUUUCAGACUUGCAGCGGGACUAUGGGCACGAAGCGUCGUUUACUGUCAGAGGAGUGAUUGACCCCAAGCUUCAGGAGAUUUAUGUAUUCUCUGGACUGGACCCCGAUGACUUGAAGAUCCCAACGACCUCCCCAAACCGUGUGUUUCGGUAUAAUCCACCGCCAGGGAAGUGGGAUUUGAUCCCGACUGUGACCACCUCUAAUGGUGUGGCGCUCGAAGAACCUGUGCCGCGAUUUGCACAUCAGGUUGUGUACCAUCCAACAACGCGAACUAUUUAUCUGCACGGUGGGAAUGGCGGGCUGAAAGCUGGUAACGACAGUGCGACACCAGAAGAAAUUGAUCGUGAUCGGCGUUUGGACGAUUUUUGGCAAAUGUCUCUGACACGAAUGUCUCCUGAAGAAAUAGUCCGCAGGGCGACUAUGCAAGUUCGCAAACAGCAAUUCCGCGAAAUGUGCGAGGACGGUUCACACGCCAAAGCCCUGCGAUUCUUGCGGAACAAUGUCCUUCCUGUUGUGGACCAGCACGACGCGGAGGAGAAUGCUGACUAUCGACGACUCAUGGCCUAUCUUGUAACACCACCAUCGCCAGUUAUAUCCACGACCCAUCCGCACUUGAAAACACCUCUGGCAACUUCUGAACAUGAAGAUUCGCCGCCGAAAAAACGGUCACGACCCAACACCCCGGAGGACAGUGAAAUGACGACGGAGCCUGUGCUUGAGCCUCCUGCGCCAGUCGCAAAGAUGCUGCCAUUCGAUGUCCAACUCGUCAAGGACUCGGAUGACCCCGAGGAGACGAAGAACGGGGCCAUUGCAGUGUCAACGGCACGAUUCCAACAGCGGAAUCUAUUGUUUGAGGCGUUGUUGGGAUUCAUCUCGGAGGACGCAAAGCAGCCUACUGGGAGCUUGGUCAAUGCAUUGGAUAAUUUGAUGAUCUAG